AUGCCCAAGUAUGCCCGGGGAUCUACUGAUCCCUUCUACCAUGACACUUGUGCCCGUGCCCCCAAGCCCUUCACUCUCCUCGUGGGAAAUCCUCAUGCCAACUCAUGGUUGGCUUUUCAUUCUGCCAAGCAGCUCGCUGACGAGCUGCUCUUCAAUUGCCUGCAUUGCUGGACCGCAGAAGAGACUCAUGAUCAUCUCACACUGGACUGCGGAGACCACUCCGAUGAGUUGUUCCGCCUCCGUCGCAAACAUCUUGAUCAAGUCGAAGGACUUGAAGAUGCUCUUCAAAAGAGCAAAGAAGACCUCGCACAUUCCCUCGAGGAGAAUGCAAGAUUGCCAUCCACUCUGGACGACACUAGGCAGCUCUCCUUGACUGCCAUGAAGAUGAUCUCUGAUGCCCAGCAAUUGGCAUCGCAGGCCAGAUCGGAUGCCGAGCAUUUCCGUCAGGACAGCAACAACUGGCACUCCAAAUACGACUACAUUCGUGGUCAUCUCCACUCCUCUUUGGAUCGCACAGAUCCUCCCCGUGCACCCUCUACCACGGGGGCUGCAAGCACAUCUUCACGACCACAGCCAGCAUCCUCCCAUGAGAUGUCUGAUGAUCACGAUGUCCCUAUGGAUGACUCCAUCAUCAAGGAGCCUGCAUCAGCUCCUCCCCAACCCUCUGCUGUUGCCCUCGGCAAGUGUCCUGCUGUGGACGAACCCACCUCUGCGCCUCCACGCAAAGUACCAUCUAUAUCGAUGGUAAUGGUAUCUUCUGGUGCCCCCACUCAGAGCAAGUCUUACAGCUCGGUUGCGUCCAGCGCUGCUGGACUGCCUCUCACUCUUGCCCAGACGACCACCAUGGCUACUUCUAGCUCCUCUGGAGCUAAUGCUCAAUCUGCGUUGACUCAGAUUGAUGCAAACAGUCCCUCUGCCGUUGCUGCUAUGCAACGGUGA